AUGAAACCAAACAAAGCGAAACCAGACACCAUCCAACACCUCAACUCCAUUGCUAUUCGUGAGUAUGGAUCUACAUUGAGAAAGGAGGAAGGCGAAGAAGAAGAGGAAAAGGAUCCUAGGACAAUCACUGUUAUCGAUAAGACAAUCUACAGUAUACCAAAGGUGAACAAAGUCUUUGAGGAAGACGAAGUUGUAGUAUUAAUUAACUUUAUGGAUGCCGAAGGAAAUUACGAAAUUGACCGUUCACAUGGUCGUUUUACUUGGUGUAUUCCGGCAGACUCAAAAAGCUUGCCUCUGACGCCGCAAAAGACAAACAGAACAUCAACCAAUUGGGUACCUACUCUAUAUUGGAAUCACCAAUCAGUACAGACAAAACGAAUCUUUAGGACUACUAUCAAUUUCAAACUUAAAAUCAUCUAUUGA